CGCACCCCUGCCCGGCCUCGCGCGCCUCCCGCCUGCAUUCCUGCCGCACACAAACGAGUCCCGCGCGCUGCUCGGUUUCUUUUCUCUUAUUUACAACAAAUUUGUUCUUUUUUUAAUUCCCCUUUUUUGUCCUUUCGGGCUUCCUUCCUUUAUUUGUUCUUUGCUCGAAUCGUCCCACAACUUUUCGCACGAGAAAUUAAACGCCGCUCGGAUUUGGUUCGAAAAAGGCGACGAGAGAGAGAGAGUGUGUGUGUGUGUGUGUGUGAGAGAGAGAGAGAGAGAGAGAGAGAGAGAGAGCGAGUGUGUGUGUGAGAAAGAGAGAGAGAGUGUGUGUGUAGGAGAGUGUUGUGAGAAAGAGAGAGAGAGACAGAGUGUGCGUGUGAGAGAGAGAGAGUGUGUGUGUGUGUGAGAGAGAGAGAGUGUGUGUGUUUGUGAGAGAGACAGAGAGAGAGUGUCUGAGAGAGAGAAAGAGUGUGUGUGUGUGUGAGAGAGAGAGAGAGAGUGUGUGUGUGUGAGAGAGAGAGAGAGAGAGAGAGAGAGAGAGGAAAUUCCUCCGCCAUUGACUGCAAAAGGACUCUUCAACUUCACCUCGUGCGGAAACUUUGUUUAAACGACAGUUGUUUUAUUUUCCUUAAAGGAAGCCUUGUUGGUUUUUAGGAAUUAUGCACCGGGAGGAAAUCACCACAGAAACCUGAGGAAGAUGAUGAACCGACAGAGGGUACGUUUCGGUGCCGUUACAGAGUGAAAUGCACGAGCUUUGUUUUUUUUGCAUGGGCAACACCGAUGGAUCGCUACUACGAAGAGGAUCCGGCACGCAGAGCGAGCGAGCUGAUGGAGAACCUGUCGCUGUGCGAGCCUUACCGGGACGUGAGAGCGGUGCUCGAGCCAGACGUGGACUUUGGGCUACCUGAGCACAAGAGUACGCGCGCGCACAGGGACGCCUUUUACGUGGACGACGCGUACUGUACCGCGAGAUCCGAAGUUGCUUUGCCGUGCUACGGCGGCGACCGUCACCGGAGAUCAUGUGUUCACGCGAGCCCCCGCUCGAGCCUCGCGGCGCCUGUGCAGCAAGAGAAGUGUGGAAGCCCGCGGUCGAGUCUCGCGCACUGCGACGGCAGCGGCGCUCUCAGCCCGCGCUCGAGCUACGCGAGCACGUCCAGUGAUGCCAGCAAGCCCUCGAGUCCCGGCUACGUCUACGAGUGCGCGAGCAGACCGAGCAGCAACCGCACGAGCGGCGUUAGCAUGGGAUACGACCAGCGGCACGCGAGCCCUCGCUCCAGCAUCUGUGGUCCGAACAGUGCCGGACUUACCCUCAGCCCCAGGUCCAGCAUCUCGAGCCACAGCUCGCGGAGCUCCCGGAGCUCGCGUGGCUCCAUGGGUGCGUGCCCGGAGCUGCUUAUUGCCUCCUCGCCUCGCGCAUCCCUGCUGGAAGACGCGUUGCUGCAAGACACCGGUGAAACCAGCGUGCUUCACCGCGCACACCUUCAUCCGUUCACUGUGCCUGAAGAAAUACACCACGGUGCCUCUGCGAGAGCUCGCGCCCCGGGUCCGAGACUAAAAUUGCCCUACCAGGUGACUCCGGUGCGUGAGAACGGCGCGAGCCAGGCAGAGAGGCGGCUCGAAGCCCUCACGCUCGAACUGGAGAGGGAGCUGGAAAUGCACAUGAAGAAGGAAUAUUUCGGUAUUUGUGUAAAAUGUGGGAAAGGGGUGUAUGGAGCAAGUCAGGCCUGCCAGGCGAUGGGGAAACUCUAUCAUACUAACUGUUUCACCUGCUGUUCAUGUGGGAGGAGACUGAGAGGAAAAGCGUUCUACAAUGUGAACGGAAAAGUCUACUGUGAGGAAGACUUCCUGUAUUCAGGCUUCCAGCAGACGGCAGAGAAAUGCUUCGUGUGUGGACACCUCAUCAUGGAGAUGAUCCUCCAGGCUCUGGGGAAGUCCUACCACCCGGGGUGUUUCCGUUGUGUUGUGUGUAAGGAAGGAUUAGACGGAGUCCCCUUUACCGUUGAUGUCGAGAAUAACAUCUACUGUGUUAAAGACUAUCACACGGUCUUUGCUCCAAAAUGUGCAUCAUGUGGUCAACCCAUCCUCCCAGCUGAGGGUUCAGAGGAGACCAUACGGGUUGUGUCCAUGGAUAAAGACUACCAUGUAGAGUGUUAUCACUGUGAGGACUGUGGCCUUCAGCUGACUGAUGAAGAAGGCCACCGUUGUUACCCUUUGGAGGGUCACCUGCUGUGCCACGCCUGCCACCUGCACCGGUUAAAAACCUCUGGUCCCUCUCAGCCACCGACCAGCUAUCCGCUUCAUGUCACUGAGCUGUGAACACACACACAGGCCAAACAGAGUCACGAAGAGAGAUGUGUGUGGCAUUUGUUGCUGCUCUGCACACCAUCCACACUAUCCUUCACUGAAACGAGGCACAGACAGACAGGAAACAGACUCUCUCUCUCUUUCUGCCUCUGUCUCUCUGUCUCUGCAGCUGGACCCUGGAAUGAUGUCACAGACUCAAACCUUGACCUCCUGUGGUUCCAAAUACUUACAGGACACAACCAGCAUAUACAGCUACAUUCCGAGAAAGGAAAAGCCUUAGUGGCCUUUCACUGAAAAUCUCGCACUUAAUGAUUUGUUUUAUUGUUGUUGUUUUUUUCACUCAUUGCCUUGAAGUUGCACCAUUAAUAUCUGUACAUUGUUUUGUAUUCAUGUAAACAGUGUGUGAUUGGAUGAGCUAUUGGUAAGGAAUUCAAAUCCUUACAAUGUGCUCAUACACACACACACACACACACAGACAUAACGUAUUGUGUGUCAAUAUGAGCAGCCACACUCACAAACUGACACACCUACCACAUUAACAUGUCAUAUGUAACCCUAUUGAUAUUCAGAGACAUUUUUUACACAAAUGUAGAGUCAUUUUUGUGCUCAAGCGCUUUCAUGUAUCAUUUCUGAGCUCCGACAAAAUGUCAUUUUUCCAGACACUGGAUUGUCUGGGAGGACACACAAGCUGGAGAUGUUGUGAUGGAAGAGAGGAUCGCUGUUCAGGCGUGUUUAUUUUUUAUUUUUUAUUAUUUUUUGUGCUUGUGAGUGGAACUGAUGUUCUGCUGAAGCUCAGAGGUGCUGGUUUCACCUUAGCUGAACACGAUGGAUGUGUGUAUGCGAACAUUCUUAUGCAUCAGUGGCAAGGCCGCUCCUUAUGUGGCUGUUUGCUUGGCCUUGACUGUGUGUGUGUGUGUGUGUGUGUGUGUGUUAAAAUACAAACCCUGAUGGCAACCUGAUGACAAACCAGCAAAGUUUUCUUGUCAUGGUUGUGGUUUUUGGUUUGUGUGUGAGUAUGUGUGUGUGUGUGGCCUAUCACAGGCAUACAGGAGACCUGCUGUAACGCUACUGUGUGGACACAGGCAGGCUAAAAUCAAUCCUGUCUCAGACAUCAUCUUUUCUAUCACACUUCCUCUGGAGCUAACAAUUCCAUGCAAAAAUGCACAGACUUUCUUUGUAACAGAAAAGACGAAUCACAUUCGGAAUUCCACACAUCGCCGAUAUUUCUUUUCCUCAGAUCAUUCCCAAAGAGGUUGUUUUACCUUUACAAAACUGCAUAUUAUUUCCUCUCCACGAUGUCUUAAUACACUUAAUACAAAAUUGUACUACUAUUUGAUAGACCACAGAUAGAGUCCCUGUAAAUAAACACCGCUAGCUUUUCUUCUCUGCCUCUGUCUGACACGGCGGUGAGCCGUAGCUUUGUUUCUCGAGUGUAGUUCUCAGAGCGUCUCUCACCUUCUGCUUUUUGUAUCAUUCCAUGAUUUGAUUUCUUUAGAUAUUUCAUAAAUAAAAAAAGGAAAGUAGAUUUAUUUAUCUAAACACGAAAAAAGGUUUAAAGUUAUUUAAUGUUAUAAGAAGUUGGGACAUAUCAUUUAACCGUAGAUGAGAUAAUCUGCUUUUUCAAUAAAGUGGUUUUGUAGCUAA